AUGAUCAAGGAUGUCAAGAUACCACCAAGAUCAAGCGAAUCAAGCGUGCGUCGUGGUUGUCAAGAAGAAGAAAUGGUGCAGCAACCGUUUCAAAGCAUCCCGAACGAGCGUCACUAUGAUCCGUUUGAGCUUCUGCACAUCGACACGUGUGACCCGAUGGAAGCCGACUCGUUAGUUGGAGCCAAGUAA